CUUUUCAUCUCCCCCACAUUCACGCCACUGGAAACUGAAAUCACAGCGUCCAAUGAAGAUCACGAUCAAGACCACUCAACAGAAGGUCUUUCAGCUCGAUGCCGAGCCGACGGACACUGUCGCCGAUCUCAAGGCUCGCAUCCAGGAAGCUCAUGGACAUCCCACCGCGUCCCAGAAGGUCAUCUACUCUGGAAAGAUUCUGGCCGACGACAAGACUGUUGAAUCAUGUGGCAUAAAAGAGAAAGAUUUCCUUGUUCUUAUGGUCUCCAAGCCCAAACCAACUCCCACUCCGAUGCCCGCUGCAUCAACAAGUACGCCUGAGGUCACAGCCCCGGCGCAACCUGCUCCUGCCACUGCUGCUGCUCCCGCUGCGCCCACCACGGCAGAAACCGCUGCCGCCCCUGCGCCCGCUGCCGCUUUCGGCACUGACUCGUCAUUCUUGUCCGGCGACGCCCUUCAAUCCACGAUUGCCAACAUGAUGGAGAUGGGAUUCACACGAGAAGAGGUGACUCGUGCCAUGCGCGCUAGCUAUAACAACCCCGAUCGUGCUGCCGAAUAUUUGAUGACCGGAAUCCCUGCUCACCUUGAAACCACGACCGCUGGCGGACCUCCUGCUGCUCCUGCUGCUGCUCCUGCUGCACCGGCUGCAGCUGCUCCCACUACUGCUGCACCUUCUGGACCUCAAAACCUCUUCCAGCUUGCACAGCAACAGCAGCAGCAGCAGGCCACUGUCGGCGCUGGUGCCGGUGCCGGUGCUGGUGGUGCUGGUGCUGCAGCGGCUCAACUUGAUCUCGCCGCAUUGCAGAACAAUCCUCAGAUUCAGCAGUUGCGAGAAUUGAUGGCGCAAAAUCCGGCACUCAUCCAGCCGCUCAUCCAGCAGUUGGGCUCCCAGAACCCCGCCCUGCUGCAGAUCAUUCAAGAGAACCCUGCCGCAGUGGCAAGGUUAUUCGGCGUUGAUAAUAAUGAGGGUGACGACGACGAUCUGCCCCCUGGCGCACAGGUUGUCAGUGUGACGGAGGAAGAACGGGCCGCGAUCCAACGUCUUGAGGGCUUGGGCUUCUCAAGAGAGGCUGUCGUUGAAGCUUAUUUCGCCUGCGACAAGAACGAGGAGCUUGCCGCCAACUUUCUUUUUGAAGGUGGCUUUGAAGAAUAAGGAGACGACAUCUGUACACACUGUAUUUGCUACUUCCUGAUCUGAUAAAUCCCACUCUCCCCUAUUAUUUCAAAUUGCUCGAGUUUGUCCGAGGACUGCC